AACACAUCAGAGCACGACCUACGACAAGCACUGAAGGUACUAGCUAUUGAUCAGCUUGUUCCAGAUUCCUUUCUUCCUUUCACCAUUACCAUGUCCAGAGCACUUGACAAAGCCACCACCGCCGCCUUAAAGGCCGGCAACCCUCAAGCAGCCUACGAUUCCAUCUCCUCCGUUCUGGUCUCGCUGCCAUCUGACGGCCUUCUCGAGAUUGAGAUCCUUGGCAAAGAGGUUCCGCUGCCCGAGGGGACACACGUACUCCAAGAUGGACUUGCGGUAGGAGUAUCGAAGCUUGGCCUCGUUCAAGCAUUUCUUGUUGCUAGAAGGAUACUCAAAGAUCACAUCCAAGGCACGUCACAAACUGACCAGGACUUGUCUGCCGCAACAGCAGUCAUUCUUCUCAUGGAUCCAGAGUUCCUCACCGCUGCAAACACGCGGAAACGACUUAUCCAGAGACAUAUGGCAGCGAGUCAAGGAGGAGACAAAAGAAUCGAAAUCCAGAUGGUAUUAGACAAGGAAAAGAGGUUUCUCGACAGCUUGCUCACAAGCCGGCUUCAUCGCCAUACAAAGUCACCUACACUGUGGAGCCAUCGUCGGUGGCUAGUUGAGACCUUUGUCUCCUCACUGGGAGUGUCCGUGGACGUCAUUGGGGAUGUCACAAAUAUCGUGUUUGUGGCCGGAGAACGACAUCCUCGGAACUACUACGCCUGGUGCCACGCUCGAAUCCUCACCCAUCUGGCAGAGCAACAGGCAGACAACUACGAUGACUGCCUAAAAGGCCUCCUGGACGCUGUCAAGAAAUGGUGCUUUAGGAACCACACUGACAUAUCUGGCUGGUCGUUCCUCUUCCACCUGCUGGAUCGCUGUUGUGGAGAUGCUAGGAUCAUAGAGGUAUCGUCGACAUUUAGCGAAGUUCUCGACAUGAGCAGGUCUCUCCGUCUCACCAAUGAGUCUGUAUGGGUGUUUCUUCGAACCCUGGCAGCGUCCGGAAUCGUAGACGGGAAUGCGCAGGCUCAGUUCAUCACGUUAGGGCAAGAGUUAUUGCAAAAAGCAUCUGCCGAGCAGCACUCACCCGACGAGCAAGUGUUGCGGUCGGCAUUGGACUGGUACGAGACUUAUCGGCGCAGAAGAGACAGCUAGUCGAAGACUCGCGAUUUGCAUCGUUUCAGAAAGAAACAUAAACGAAACGCCACAGACUUUUCGAAGACAUGCAUCUUCGGCAUUUGGCACGUCGUUUCGGCCGUGUGCUGUAGGCUAGAAGCACAUCCAGGAUCCAGCAGCAAAGAAAUGGCUUACGACUAUCGAAAACAAGGAACCUCUAAACGGUAAUCCAAUGUCUAUCACUGCCCAGCUCCGAUUUAAAGAUGGCUUGUGGAUCCUGCCAAAAGCAGUCGGUCUUCAAUGACGGCAAAAACAGAGAGGUUAUGGCCGUAUGGACCCGAAUACCUAGGUCGGUCGAGCGCUGCCACCACUGCACCUUCCUUAUGGCCAUGAUCCAACUAGUACUCUACCUAUAACAUCGUCAACAGUCAUGACAGAGAAGAAAACCAGAGCCGAAAAGCUUGUUCCCAAAAACCCGAACCCAUGCCAUCUGCCCUGCAGAUGUGAAAUUAAUCUCUACCUAUUUAGAAAAGAAAAGCUCGUAUGAAGAGAGUCAGGGUAUCGCAAACCGAUAACCGAAGCAAUGUCUCGCCCUGUUUUCUCGGAACAAUACCGUUAUAGUAACAUGGGGACAUAUAUUCUCCAGAGGAUCGAGACCGGGGAAAACACCCCCACGCCCCCCAACGCAAUCGGUAGCACAAUACAUGAUACGAUUCGCAUUGUCAGCUAUAUCACCAACCGACCAACCACCCAUACAACCAAUCAACCGGCCUUGAGGGUGAUUGACCCGCAUGUAUAAGAAGGCAGA